AUGCUUGAGAUUUUCCGUGCUAUGGACGUGAUCCAAUCGAGAUGUUCGCGCGUCUGUGUCCGACUCCAACACGCGACAUUCAUUUGUGAGAUGUCUAGCUUUCCACAGAAAGGGCUAGUCUGAGACCUGGAGAGCUUGCUCAUCUGCCUUCAUUCCUCUGCCUACAGGUGCAGCCGAGGGGGAGACCCCGGUGCGGCCUCCGCUCGUGCCCACAGCAUGCUUUAGAGCAGCAUCCAGUCAAAGUUUCGGUCUUCAGAUCUUUAUCGUUAAAGCAGAGAGACUUUUUCUACAUUCUCUUGACCAGGGUCUCUCCGAGACAGGUGUUUCUCCGAGAGUAUCUAACUGUCGGUGUGAUGACGAUUUCUGUUCACAGCGGAUAUGUGUGCACGGCAGUGGUAUCCUCGCAGCACCUCACCACUCGCUCGCACACUGGUCAGCUCGUCCGCAAAAGCUAUAAAAGUUGGAGCUGUGCUUCUUCCCUGGGGUCCAAAACCGUAUGAACAGGAUAGCCCUGCGGUGUGACCUCCAUCUGAAGAGAUCUCUACUCUUCGGAGAGAGAUAUGUCGUCAGAUUGAGAAGCCAAGUCUCACUGCGGGCAUUGGAGGCUCGCACAGGACAGGGCAGCUCUGCGUGUCUCGCCACCAGCCUCGUGCAGUCGGGCGCUGUGGAUCAGCUGAGCUCAAGGGUAGAUUCUGCCUGGGAGUAGAAAUACUCCCGUCACUCUUCAGCCACAGCAAGAGAGAGCCUGUUCACACACUCUGCCACAAUGGCAGGGGGCAUGGUGCCCAUGGUGGGCGCCGGAAAGCAAUAUGCAGGGCGGCUUACUCAGUACGUCGUCUUCGCUUGUAUUGUGGCCGCCAGUUCUGGUAUCAUAUUCGGCUAUGAUUUGGGCGUCUCAGGUGGAGUGACGUCCAUGGACGAUUUUCUGUCCAAAUUUUUUCCUUCCGUUUACAGAAACGAAAAAGCGGCCGAUGAAAGUGCCGAAGGGUCGGACAACUACUGUCGCUACAACGACCAGAUUUUGCAGUUGUUCACAUCGUCACUGUAUUUGGCCGGUCUAUGCGCGACCUUUUUCGCGAGUUACAGUACCCGCAACUGGGGACGGAGGCCAACGAUUAUUAUUGGCGGUGUGAGCUUUCUGCUCGGCUCCAUACUUAAUGGAGCUGCACAAGACAUCGCCAUGCUAAUUAUCGGUCGAAUUCUACUCGGAAUCGGAGUUGGUUUCGCCAAUCAGGCUGCGCCUCUCUACAUCUCUGAAAUGGCCCCAGCCAACUACAGAGGAGGCCUGAACAUCUGCUUUCAGUCAGCAACAACUAUCGGUAUUCUAGGCGCCAAUCUCAUCAACUACUUCACCGGUAAAAUCGACAGAUGGGGCUGGCGUCUUUCCCUGGGCUUGGCAGCAGUCCCUGCUUUCACUCUUACACUGGGAGCUCUGUUUUUACCGGAAACCCCCAACAGUUUGAUGGAGCGAGGCCAGCUAGCCAAAGGCCGGAAGAAUUUGGAGAGAAUCAGAGGAGUUAAAAAUGUGGACAUGGAGUACGAGGAUCUGGUGGAGGCCAGUCGGAUCUCUAACGCAGUCCAACACCCAUUUAGAAAUCUGCUUCUCCGUAAGCAUCGUCCGCAGCUGGUCAUGGCAAUUUUCAUCCCCAUGUUUCAGCAGUUGACAGGAAACAAUGCCAUCACAUUCUACGCCCCAGUUUUGUUCAAGAGUAUAGGAUUUGGCGACAAUGCUGCAUUAUAUUCGGCUGUGAUCGUCGGGUCUGUCAAAGUUCUCGGUACCUGGUUAUCCUUGGUGACAGUGGACAGAUGGGGCAGAAAAAUUCUGUUCUAUGAAGGAGGUAUUCAGAUGAUCCUCUGCCAGCUUGCUGUGGGGACCAUCAUGCAAAUGGAGCUCGGAGCUCAGAACACUUUGGACAAGCCCCUGGCAGUGGCAGUGGUUGUUCUCAUCUGCAUCUACGUAGCUGCAUUUGACUGGUCCUGGGGUCCACUGGCCUGGCUGAUUCCCAGCGAAAUCUACUCACUGGACAUUCGCUCUGCAGCUCAAAGUGUUACCGUGGCAGUAAAUUUUGCCUUCACUUUCCUCAUCGGUCAGAUUUUCUUGACCCUGUUCUGCGAGCUCAAGUGGGGAACAUUCUUCCUCUUCGCCGGCUUCUUGGCUUUCAUGACAUUGUUCGUGGGAUUGCUGCUGCCUGAAACUAAAGGCGUCCCGCUCGAGGAAAUGGACCUCAUCUGGAAAAAGCAUUGGUACUGGAAGAGGUUCGUCAAUGACGACGAAAAUGACAUCGAGCUGAAGGAUAACAAGCAAUCCUCUCUUGAAGCUUAAAAUCGCUUCAAUGUAGCUUUAUUUCACAGGUUUUAUACACUGUAAAUAUCUGGAUACUGUAUCGUAUCCACAGGUUGCUCUUGAAAACUGUUGAGUUCGUGAUCAUACAUAUUCAGCUGAGUCCAGAUCAGUACCCAUGGAUUCAUGGUGAGCAGCCGAUUCCAGAUGUAUGAUAGUACCGAAAAAAUCAUCAUGUGCUGUCAUAUUGAUAGCACGGUGACACGAUAGAAGAGCUAUGCCUUACAUUUGCAUCAUCAAGUGACUUUACUCAUGGCAAGUAAAUAAAGGCGACAUUUUUCCCGAUUG